UUUAAUGUCUGACGCUUAUUUUUGGUAUUAGGAAAUUGUUGGUUGCCAAUUACCCUUUACGACGUUGUUAAGUUAGAGAUACCUGCUUAUUUAUUUGCCCCAAGGAAUAAAAUAAAAAUAAUACUGGCCCUGAAAAUGGUUUCCGUGGAAGCAGCAGUAGACCGUAUGAUGGCCUCCAGAGAAGAAGCACGCAGACUCUUGUAUCUUAGGUCCGGUAUCCAUCCUCAGUUCUCAAAUAUUUCAGCAUCCAGAGAGGAAGCGUUGACUCUAAAUGUACGAAGGAGCAAUAUGGACUUGGGGAGUCAUAGCCAGCAACAGCUCCAGCAUCCUAACCACCACAGAAUCCGCUGCCAGGAGACAAACAGCGGAAGCAAGCGAGGAAGUUUCGGAGAUUCAACAGGGGGUCCUUCCACGGCCGUAUCGCGACGCAAUGCCCGCGAGAGAAAGAGGGUUCGCUUGGUGAACCUAGGCUUCUCGACGUUGCGUGAACGUGUUCCCGCCGGUGCAAAGAACAAAAAGUUGAGCAAAGUGGAAACGUUAAGAGCUGCCAUAGAGUACAUCAAACAGCUGCAACAGAUGUUGGGGAUGCCGGACAGGUCUUCAUAUGAUGACAAUCAGCUUCAGGCUAUGAUGAUGCUAGACGAGAACUAUGGUCCUGACGACUGUUCCUCGGUUGCUUCUUCUGAAGAUGUGUCAGGACAAAGCGGACAAGUAGUAGGUUCGGGGGAUUUGUCCCCAGCUUCUAGCCAUCCUUCGGACUGUUCUUUGGUGUCUUCCCCGUACACGUCUCAUCAAAAUCAAGAUGAACAUCUUAUAGACAUCGGAGUUUGGUUUUCUUAA